GAUUUUGUGUGUGAUGUUUGUUGAUUCUUUGUGAUUUUUGAGUUAAUUUUGAAUGAUUUAAUUUAUGUUACACAAGAAGUAAGUCAGUCUGUCAUUAAAUAUUCAUCUUGACUCAUAAGAACCUAUUUAUAGUAUUUCGUAUAAAACACAAUCCAUUUUUAUAACUAUUUGAAGAUGGUUUUACAUAUAAACCUAAACACACAGUGAAUAUUCACUUUUUAGAGGAAGUUUGAUAAAUAUUUUGAAGAAAUAAAAUUAUAAUUUGCUAUUUAUUAUAAAUAUUAAUUCUCAUUUUAUCUGUAAAGUAUGCAAUGCAAUUUGUCAUUAAAUGAUUUUCCAGAACCAAUUCUACUAAGAAUAAUGUCUUAUCUUUCUCCUUUCUCUAAAUAUAAAUUGGCUCUGACAAGUGUAAGAAUGUAUUCUUUAUUUCAGUCUCCACAUACAUGGAGAGCAAUUAAACUGGUUAUUAUUAAUGAACAAAUUGAACUACCUCUGAAUUGUGUUAAACUCUAUGGAAGAUAUUUCUGGAAUGUCUCUUUAGAUAUAUACCUAUCAGAAGAAACUUCAAACAGUAUUAUUCAAGUGUUAACAUUAUUGUCAAGUUUAUGUAAUUUGAAAGGUAUAACUGUUAACUGCAUUGGGAAAAGUACAUCAUUUAUUCCAAAAAAAGAAAUAAUGUGCCAUUUGAAAUGUCUUUUAUGCCAUAUUUCUAACAUAUCUGCUUUAAAAUAUAUAAAUAUUACUCAUUUUUCAUUACCUUUAGAUGAUUCAUUUUUGAAUCAUUCUCAUAAUUCUAAUCUACAAUUUCUAUACUUGCAAAAUAAUUUAAUAAUGAAUAAUUUUUCUCCAAUUAAAAUUCUUUCCGUUGUCAACAAUUGUCGUCAAUUAAGAAUAAUCUCUGUUCCACUUGCAAGCUUAUCCGAAAAAAUAAUCCUUGCUUUUACUGAAAGUAACAGAAUAUCUUUAAGUAAAUUAUGCAUUACUAUAUCGGGAACAGAUAUUGUUGAAAAUAAGAAUUAUGCUGCUGUUUUCAGUUCUGAUCUGUGGACAGUUGUUAUUAGGCAGUUACCAUGCUUAACUGUUAGUUUACAUAUUUAUGAAUCUUGUCCCUUUUUAGUAAUUGAAAGGGUAUUAAUUUCAGAAAUUCCAUAUUCUGAAAUUAGAUUAGAAACAUUUACAUCUCUUUGGAAAGAAGUGAUUGUUAUAUCAAAUCUUUAUCAUCAAACUUUGCAAAAAUUAAUACUUCAUCCAAGUUCAAGCAGCCAAGAUCUGGAUAAUGCUUUAUUACAUAUGUCUGAGAAAUGUAAAAAACUUUAUGCUCUUCAUGUGUUUGAUCUAUUGAAUCCAGAAACAAUUCAGACUAUUUUAGAUAAAUAUCCACAAAUGAAAAAAAGAGAAACAUAUACUUUAAGAUCAUCAAGAGGAGAAGGACCUUGGUCUUCUGAGCAACUGUUAGAAAAAUAAUAUCUAAA